GAGAAAGCCUUUCCUGUAAUGCAUUUUUAAUGGUACAAAGUUUUUUUUUUGCUUAACUACAAAGUAUAAAAAGCAUCAAGUUUCUCUUUUUUUUUAUUUCUCUUUCUUUUUAAUGGACAGGAACUUACCUAAACGCUUGACUCAAAAAUUAUAAAAAAAUGAUCAAGCAGUUGUUAUAUCUGCUUUUUUGUUUCGUGCUCUAUGUAGACUGUAAAUUUCCGGUUGAAAUCACGGAUCCUCGCAUCAAAAUCAGUCCUGCUCUUCACGAUGCUUCCACAGUUGUUUAUAAUGACAAGAUAUACGUUUAUGGCGGAGGACAGCUCAAUGGGAGAAAAUAUUCCAACAAAAUGUACGUCUAUGAAUUUUUUGAGAACAACGGCAGCGUUUCUCUCUCACUUGAAAACAUGCAGAAUGAAGGUCCCAAUUGCAGUAGUUGUGGCGCAGUCUUGUUGCCUAACACAAGCAAGAUGCUCAUAUUGACCUAUGAUCAUUCCUUGAUUGAUACAUGGACUGACAAUCCAACAAAUAUCCCGCCAGUUCUACCUUAUAUAUAUGAUUUUGAGACUAAACAAUGGUCUGUUGAGACACCCCAUCCCACAUUUUAUCCUGGAAACCAAAGCACAGAUAUAUUCGGUGCUCGAUUUGGACACAACACCAUCAUGGCUCAAAAUGGUAUGAUUUACGUGAUUGGCGGUAGUGCAGUAUGGGGUGGAUCUAACUUGCAACAUCUAAAGUGUCUGACCUCGACAUGGUAUUACAACAGAACCGACUUUAGUUACAAUGCAUUACCUAUAGAGGCGCCCAUGUGUUACCAUUACUCUACUGCCUUUCCUACAGCAAUGUAUGCAUGUUCACUACAAUCAAAGUUUACUAAUUGUUUUUGUGUGUGUGUGUGUACUACUAGAUCAAGUAAUUAUAUUGCUUUAACUACUGGAUUGACAGCAAAUUUUACAAGACCUUCGGACUAUAAUGUGACACACGCUUUUGAAUACGUACUCUAUCGUUACUCAACCUACUAUAUCAUGCCUUAUUUUGCCAGUGUGCUAGAUACUUCUGUCAAUCAAUGGUUGAGCGUCAAUCUCAUAGGUAAUGGAGCGCCACCUCUAAGCUAUGGCGCCACAAGUCAGUACAAUCCCAGAACAGGUCUAGUUCACAUCUUUGGAGGAUAUGCUUUUGAUGUAACUGGCUCUGGCUACACGCUUCGAACAGUGUCCACGUUAGAUACAGCUAAAGGGCAGUGGUUUGAAAGAAGCAGCUUACCACCUAAUAUGGGUAAUGUGACAGUAAGAUAUCUUGCAUCUUCUGCCAUUGUGAAGGACAAGUAUUUUGUUACUCUUUUUGGAAUGACUGAACAAGCUACUAGUUUUCUAGACUCAAAUGAUAUUGAUGUACUACGUAUACCCAAAGAGCCAUCCAGUGGCGGCUACAAUUACUCUGAAUUUACCAUGGACUGGCUAGAUUCAGUAUUGCCGUCUGAUAAAAGUGUCAAUAGAAACGGACUUGAGGGAAAAUACAUUGUGGCUAUUGUCAUACCUGUCGUAUUUUGCUUCCUAGUUCUUCCAGGUUUGGUCUGGAAACGGUCUAAAUUUAAAAGAGGUGUAAAGAAAAUGGUCUUGUUUGCUUUAUGGGAUAAGAGAAACGGCGAGCCUUAUUGGACUGAAUUUGGAAGACUACUCUUUAAGCUAUUCUCUUUAUUGGUGAUUCUUGCCUAUUUGGUAUUUUCUAGUUCCAAUAUCAAGAACAGUAGUAUUUCUUCUAGUUCAAGUAGUGUUCCAGUCACUGAAAUGGAUUUUCCAGAUGUUCGAAUCUGUCUAGGUGGUUGGAUAAGUGAUGCGCAAAAUUCAACUUUAGUUAUGCCAGAUCUCACUUGCUCAGUCAUUGCAUCGAACAAUGGCACCAUUACUAGUUGCUCGGGCAUGAUUGAACCUUUAGAUAGCGCCAUUCAUUUACCUCUGUUUGUGGAUCAAAAGACAUAUGCCAAAUGCUUCUUGUUUCGAUCAGAUAGUGAAAAGUUUCGCUCAACAUCUACUUUACCCACCAUUUCCUUCCAGAUAUCAGGCAUCAUCAACUAUAAUAAUGAAGCUAUUUAUGUCAGCAUCUAUGACCCUAAAAACAAUCCAAAUCGCUACAUCUUUUUUGACGAACCCUUGCCAAGUCAGGCUACCGAUAAAAAAGACGUAGAGACAUGGGCUAUCAAUGACAACGAUAUCAGUGAUGUCGAGAACACCUUCUCUUUCUAUGCUGAAUCAAGUGCCUCUGUUAAAUACAAGCUAACAGAAUACAAAAAAGUAGAUUCGACCGUGGGUUGGAACUACCUUGGUGGAUUUUUUCCUCGCUAUCUUACCAUGAACAAAUUGAGUACACAGCAUAGUAUUCCUACAGCUAAAAACUCCUUUCUGGCAGGUCCAGGGUCUACUAAACAUCAAUUAUCUGAAAUUUUGAUAUCUCCUCUUGUAUUUGAACAAGAAACUGUGACAGAAAAGAGAAAUAAUACUGUGUUGGGUGCUUUAGACCAUCUUCACCCUGGGGACUAGUGCAUUGGAUGACGAGUAACCAACAAAGUGCUUUAUUAUCUCAGACAUUGGACGAUCAAUUACUUUACUCCAAAGGCGACAAAGAAAUGACGGCUAUUCCAUUGUCUGAACCAGUGCAUGAACGC